CAAAGAAAUUCAACCUAAAGACUUAUGUUCCUCACACCCAUAUCAGAUAGCUCAAAAAAAAAUCCAAAAACAAUAAAAUUGCUUGGUGUAAAUUUUUAAUCUUGCGACAGUUAAAUCUCUGUUUAUGUAGGUAGUAGCUACUUUUACCGCUACAUCCCAUGACAGGAGAGCCAUUCUUAUAAGCAAAUAAUGCAUGCCUGCCAAAUGCCUGCCAAAUACAAACUGAAGUUGAAUCUUACAGUGCAGUUUAGAUGCUUCCGCAGCGAUUGCCCUGCAACCAUGGGAUUACAGUCAGACGAGCCCAUUUAAUGUUUUUGGUUGGGAGUUUUAGCUGUUAUAGUGUUGCCAUUAAGGAAGAAAAAUAAGCCAUGCGAUUAAAUGACACCACGAAGGAAAUGUAUCCCAAGGAUUCCAACCACUAUUCAAGUCUCUUGCAGGAGUGUAUCAACUUGAAGUCCUUGAAAUGUGGAAAAAGAGUUCAUGCCCACAUGAUAAAAUGCUGGCUAAAUCCAGCAGAAGUAUUUAUAAGCAACCGUCUCGUAGAAAUGUAUGCCAAGUGCGGAAGUUUGUCUGAUGCGCGGAAAGUGUUUGACAAAAUGUCUGGACGAAAUUCCUUUUCCUGGAAUGUAAUUAUUUCAGGCUAUGCCAAAUGUGGGAGCAUGGCGAAUGCACGGAAGCUCUUUGAGGAAAUGCCUCGAUGUCAACGCAGUGGAGUAGCGUGGAAUACGUUGAUUGCAGGGUAUGCCAAGCAGGAUAACGGUGGUGAUGAGGCUUUGAAGAUGUUCGAGGCGAUGCGGCAGGAAGGUUUUGAUGCCGAUGGGUAUGCAUAUGGAAGUGUUAUAUGUGGUUGCGCAAGUUUAGGUGCUCUGGAACAAGGCAAGCAGAUUCACGGAGAUGUUAUCAGGCGAGGAUUGUGUGCAGAUGUUUAUUUGGGAAGUGCUCUCGUUGAUAUGUACGCAAAAGGUGGGAGUAUAGAAGAUGCACGCCAAAUGUUUGAUGAAAUGCCUGAACGAAAUGUGGUUUCAUGGAAUGGGAUGAUUGCAGGGUAUGAUCAGAAUGGGUUUAGUUAUAAGGCCUUGGAAUUGUUCGUGCAAAUGCUGAAGGAAGAUGAUGGAAUUGUUAUGCCUGAUCAAUUCACUGUAGCAACAGUUGUCAGUGCUUGUGCAAGCCUGUCGGAUCUAGCUCUGGGCAUGCAGAUUCAUUGUUAUCUAAUUAAGAAUGACAGUAUCGUCUGGGAUGUUUUUGUUGGAAAUGCUCUAGUUGAUAUGUAUGCUAAAUGCGGUAGAGUGGAUCUUGCACGUCAAAUGUUUGACAAAAUGCCUGAACGGGAUGUAAUUUCAUGGACUGCAUUAAUUGCGGGAUAUGCAAAAUCUGCUAACUUCAAGGAAGCUCAAGAGGUGUUUGACCAAAUGCCUCAACGAAAUGUGAUUUCAUGGAAUGCAAUUAUCGCUGGACGUGCACAGAAUGGCCAUUGCGAAGAGGCUAUAGGGCUUUUUCGCAAAAUGAAGCGUGAAGGCAUUUAUCCAACUCACUAUACCUUCGCUAAUGUUCUUAGUGCUUGUGCCAGCUUGGCUACCUUGGAACUUGGAGAACAGGUCCAUUCACACAUUGUGAAAGCUGGGUUCCAGUUUAAAACUGGAUUUGAUGCAGAUGUUUUUGUGGGGAAUUCCCUCGUUGACAUGUAUGCUAAAUGUGGCAGUAUAAUCAAAGCACGUCUUGCAUUCGACAAACUCCAUGACAGAGAUGGAGUAUCAUGGAAUGCCAUGAUUGUUGGUUAUGCGCAGAAUGGGUAUGGUAAAGAAGCUUUAGAAGUCUUUGAGCAGAUGCUUCAGGAAGGCAUGACUCCCGAUCGCAUUACGCUUGUUGGUGUCCUUUCUGCAUGUAGCCAUGCAGGUCUCGUGGAUGAAGGUCGAAAUUACUUUAGUUCUAUGAGUCAAGACCAUUGCAUCACACCUUUAUCAGAGCAUUAUGCUUGUAUGAUAGACAUUCUUGGGCGUGCAGGUCACCUCAACGAAGCAGAGAAAAUUAUUAAAAGCAUGCCAUUUGAACCAGAUUCAAUCACAUAUGGGGCAUUACUUGCUGCCUGUAGAAUUCAUGGCAACGUGGAGCUAGGAAGAUGGGCUGCAGAACACAUAUUUGAGUUGGAUCCACAAAACUCUGGGCCAUAUGUGCUACUUUCAAACCUUUACGCAGAUGCUGGUAGGUGGGAUGAUGUAGAUAAGGUUCGAAAAUUGAUGAAAGACAGGGGAGUACAAAAGAAACCGGGAUGCAGUUGGGUUGAGGUCAACAGCAAGGUGCACAUAUUCACAGCAGAAGACACAUCACACCCACAAGCAAGAGAAAUCUAUGCAUCAUUGGAAAGAAUGGCUGCCCAAAUGAAGGAGGCCGGGUAUGUACCUAACACGAAAUUUGUUCUGCAUGAUGUCGAUGAAGAGCGGAAGGAAAAUAUCCUUUCAUAUCAUAGCGAGAAACUUGCAAUUGCAUUUGGGCUUAUCAGCACACCUCCAGGAAAGCUCAUUAGAGUUGUCAAGAACCUUCGUGUGUGUGGCGAUUGUCAUAUGGCCAUCAAGUUCAUUUCCAAGGUUGUUGGACGAGAAAUAAUUGUAAGAGAUGCCAGCCGCUUUCACCAUUUCAGGGAUGGAUUGUGUUCGUGUAGGGAUUAUUGGUGAAGUUUGUCAUGGCUAAUUAUCAUUCAAAGUUCAUAUCAUCUGUACUGCCUUGUAAGCAAACAACAAAAUAUGUUUUGAUUUUAACGCAUGAGGGACAUGAAUGGUGUACACUUUUUGAAUAAAGUGUACCUAUACAUCAUCUGAGAUUUCAGAUAUACCAGCUUAGACAAGUCGACCACGAUGAAUUGAAUUUCUGGUUUGGACAGUUGAGAAGGCCUUUUUCAUUGUGUCACAUCCAGUGGGAUGUUCUGUGGACUUUUUCAAAGAGCUGUCUGGACCAUUUCUAUCAAUAUGGUUUUGGUGGAGUCAACCAUACUGAUUUGAAAGAGGGCAAUAUCAAUGGCAUUCAAGAGAACCCAUGACAAUAUGAUAGUUUAUAAUGCAGAAGAAAAAGAGAGCCUGUGCAGCAUUGAGAUGAGCUCUUCUAUUUGAUCUGUCUUUAUACAGUAAAGAAAAUUGCAGACGUUAUGUAUCACUUUUGUGGAAAGUUCUUCCAUUGUCGAAUUCAAUUUGAGUUUAAAGACGUGUUUUACUUAUAAUGGCAGAAAGCAGGGGUGGAAAAUAAUGAUGAAGUGGAUGGAAGUAGUGUUGAAUUUUAUUCUGAUGCAGAGGCAAAUGAAUCCUUUGAAUCAGUAGUACAAACAUUUAUUUGAUGAAAAAAAGGAAACGCAGAGGCUCAGUUUCACGCUAUUUAUGAUGAGAGAUUCUUGAGCACGAUGAUUUUUGUCUAUGGAAUCACAACUUCUAGUUUUCUUUUUUCCUUAAAGGGGAUCUAUUCAUGUCCCUAACAAGACCAACAACUACAAUGUCCAACUGUUGUCCCUUAUUCAAAGAUGAACUAAGCACAACCAGAGGACACACAACAUUUGGUUUUCUCUUGUACUUAAGGGAAGACCCUUAAGUUUUUUCUAGGAGGCUUACAACUACAGAGCUCAAAUCCUUUCUUUCAUUCCACGUCAAGAGUUCACUUUAACAACAUUACAAAACACUUUACUAUGAUUAGAUUUCUCUUUGAAUCUGGGCAUGAAUAGGAGAAGC